AUGGAUGUUGAUUGUCCGAUAGUCAGUUUAAAACGAUCAAGCAGUGCGCCUAUGAUUAAUGAGAUCAGUGCCACAAUGUCUGUUACCUCACCCUCUACUUCUGCACCAAGAAAUGCUGUAUCAACAUUUAAUGUAUUUGCCAAUUCACCUCGUCUACGACGAUUCAGCACUAGUAGUCCUUGUAGUAUACCACGUUUAACGCCAAGAGUUAGCCAAUUAAGGCAAGAAGAAUGUAUAGAUGUUGCUGGUCGUGAAGCUGCGCAUGAAAAGGAAAUUCACAGUGCAAUGCAAAUAUCUCAAUCAUGGGAAGAUCUUACCCUAGAAGCAGAAGGCUUAUCAUUUAAGGAUUCAGAAUCUCCUUCUCAUCUCAAUAGAGCAGAACGACAAAUAGCAAAAAGGAUAUUAGAUCCGCUCAGUUUAAAUUUAUCCGUGAAUGGUCCACCAUUGUGUUCAUCACCAUCACCUACAAGAUCGGGAUUAAAUCAACGACAGUGUUAUUCUCCUGGUAUUCAUAUGGUUAAUUGGAAGAAUAAUUUGUCACCUAGUCCAACGAGAAAGGCUUUUGCUACAAGGCGUAGUCUAAGUCCAAUAAGGCCAAGCUGUUUAGGACCUGUUAAACGAAAAUUUGAAUUAGAUGAUACUGGUGUAGAUCAUCAUUUGUAUCCUCCAGCCAAACGUACAUCUGGUUCUAUAACACAAAGUGCAUUCAGAUUAGAUACAAUAUCCAGUCCACUUUCUGGUACCAUUAGUUCUGUUGGAACUCCUGAAUCAAUAUCUAGUGCAGAUUCGCCAAGUUUUUCCUUUCAACAAGUGGAUAGUCCUUCGCCAGUUUGUAUUGGUCCUAAUACCGAUGAUAUAUUGAAUGAAACAAGCAUGCAAGCUGAAACAAUAGACCAAAUUCAAACAGAUAAAAUUAGUCAAGGUAAUGAAAGAUGAAUAUAAACAUCUAAAAAUUGAUGAUUCACGACGUGUCAUAUUAUCUCUUGUUGUAUGAUGUAUUGUAAUACUGACUUGAAAUAGUUGUAUUAGUAUUUCUUGCAUUACCAUAAUCAAGGGGAAUUUUGUGCUGAUUCUCAUAUACUAAAAUUAUAGCAGCUACAAAUGAGAGUACCUGCUUUAACUAUGUUCCUGUAAAUAGGAAGGAACUAAAAUUAUUCUAAACACAUGAUUAAAGUAAUGAAAAAAAAAAUAUUGAAUAAUUAUUAUAUAUAUAGAUUGGAAUGUUUUCAAUGUUUUUCAAUUUUAGUACAAUAUCAAGUAUAUCUUAGUGAAAAAGAUUUCUUCAUAUUUUUGAAAGACAUUGUUUUACAAAUGUAAUAUGAUAAUAGGUAUAUAAAUAUUUAGUGUUACUUAUGGUAUUGUUUUUCGUCUAUGAAUUACACAUGUGCCACUUUAUGCUAUCCAAAUAUCAACUUGUAUUAACAGCUCUGAUGCUCUUAUGAAUCAUUAUUAAUAGCAUAUAAUUGCUGAAUUAUUCUAAUCAUGUUAAUUAUCUAUUCAGUAAUAUCUACAAUUUAUUUGUAUGUAAUAUUGAAAUUACAUUAAUUGCACAGAUUGUUUUAUCUCUGUUUUUAAAUUUGUUAGCCUUGUUGCCAUGUUAUGAACCAAAUUUCAAUAGACUUACAUUAGCUAUGGUAAUGCCAUUGUGGUUAGUAAAAAAUGAGAUAGCUUCAAGUAAUAAUUGUAAUACAUGGAGUG